AUGGCUGAAAUCGCACAACCUCCCGUAAUACCAGGGCAGACAUUUGUUCCUCCUAGUGGGCCGCCAAAUCCGAUGGAGAUAGACGGAGUAGUGGCCCAAGCGCCAGCACCGGCGCCGCCUGCAAUUGUUCCAGAAACAGGGUUACCAGUCGAUGCGUCUGAGACAUUAUAUAUCCAGAAUCUCAACGAGAAAGUCAAGAUUGAACAGAUGAAAUCGACGUUACGGUCACUUUUCAAGGGGUACGGCAAAAUACUAGACGUUGUUGCGCACGGGAAUCUACGAAUGCGAGGCCAAGCGUUUGUAUCAUUCGAAUCGAAAGAGGUCGCAGCAAAGGCGCUAAAAGAGGUCAAGAAUUUCCCAUUAUACGCGAAACCCAUGCAAAUAUCAUUCGCAAAAUCUCGAUCAGAUGCAGUGGUCAAAGAACUAGACCCAGAGCACUUUGAUCAACAUCACAGUACACGGGUAGCGGCGAAACGUCGUAAACGAUGGGACAAUCCCCACCAGAGGAAACGCAAGGCAAAGCGAGCGGCCGCGGCAGACGCCACCAACUCGGCAGCAGCAGCAACAGCUCCUCGUCGGCCAGUUGUACAAAUGCCGGACGAGUACUUACCGCCCAACAAGAUUCUCUUCUUGCAAAACCUCCCAACAGACGUGCGCCAAGAACAGCUGCUUGCACUCUUUGGGCAGUACCCUGGUUUGUCCGAAGUUCGUAUGAUCCCUACCAAGAAGGACAUUGCGUUCGUGGAAUUUGUCGACGAAGCAACCUCGACGGUGGCCAAGGAGGCGCUUCACAACUACAAAUUGGACGGGGAGAACAAGAUCAAGAUCACGUUCGCAAGGAAAUGA